AUGUCAACACCACCACCAUCACCACCACCACCACCACGACCACCACGACCACCACGACCACCACCACCACCACCACGACGUCUCUUGCUGGCCAAGGCCCUCCCACAGCCCUUGAGGUCCCGUGGGCUCUCCCAGCUGACCAGCACCCUCUACAUAGGUAAUGCCAAGGCCGCUAACAACAGGCACCUAUUGUCUUCCAAUCGCAUCACAGCAGUCAUCAGUAUGUCAGCGGAAAUUUUCAGCACGUUUAUUGAGGACAUUCUAUACCUGAAGGUACCUGUGACUGACUCCCCCAGCACGCGCAUAGGCGAUUUCUUCGAUAUUAUCGCCGAUUAUAUCCACAGCGUAGAGCUGCGCCAAGGCCGCACACUGGUGCACUGCCACGCUGGCAUCAGCCGCUCCGCCACGGUGUGCAUAGCCUUCUUGAUGAAAUAUCGUUCCCUGUCACUCCUAGAAGCUCACACUUGGACCAAAGCCUGCCGUCCCAUCAUACGCCCAAACAUGGGCUUUUGGGAGCAGCUAAUUCAAUACGAAUUCAAACUCUUCGCCAAAAACACCGUCCGGAUGAUUGACUCCCCCGUGGGCAAGAUCCCAGAUGUAUACCAGAAAGAGUUGCGGCUGACGUCAUCCAUGUGA